AUGAAAGGAAUUAAAUCAGAAUCAAAGAAGAAACACCAGUCUUGUAAAAAUUUGGCCAAAAGUCUGUGUGAAUUAGAAGCUUCAAUGAAGCUGAAGGACGAAGAUGCCGCGAUCGAACUUGGCGACACAUGGAGGAAAUUUUUUGGGUAUAUUCAAUUAUGCAAUGUAACACCAGAACUAAAUAUUGUGUUAUUUAACGAGGCAUCGGUCCGCAUUUUCCACGACUUAUCGAAACACGACAUAAUAUACAUUGACGCUACCGGAAAGUUAUUCGCCGACGAAUUGAACCACCCGCGUCUUCUUUAUUUUGCUAUGGUGUUACGAAACCCUUAUCAUUUGAACGCACCUAUUCCAAUAUCAGAAUUGAUUUCAAGCCGCCAAACAGCAGAUUCAAUUGGACUCAUGAUUCGGAAACUGAAAGAGAGAGAGAGAGAAGCAAGUAUUUGGGUCUCAAAUUGCCAUCCCAUCUCUCGUUAUGAGUGACUUCAGCAUGGCAAUUAUAAUCGCGUGUCUUAGAGAAUUCAACAACGAAUCAUACGAGGAGUUCCUAGAACGUGGUUAUCGCAUUGAUAUAGGUGAAGCAAAUAAAUCAGAUAUAGCUAAGUACACGCAUCAUGUUUGUUCAGCACACAUGCUACAAAUUAUCAAAAGACAUGCGAAAGAACUGUGCGAAAAGUAUCUUUCUAUCGAUAGCCAAGUCCACAUGGCAAUGCGUUUCUUUGGGCGUCUAAUAGCCUCAACUACUUUACCGGAAUUGAAUAACAUUGUUCGGUUAGGUCAUUAUAUUUUCAAGAGUAAAUACGUCGAUGGUUCUCUUUUAGAAAUAUUAGACAACUUUUCGGAUGUUAUCCAUGAGUUUAACAAGGGAUAUUGUGAAAACGAAAGUCGAGAGUCCAGAUGA